AGGUUAAUGGUAAACAUGUAAAGUAGUGAUUGAUAAACAUUUUUGUUUGAGUUCACACCUUUUCUAACCAUUGUUGACCAGGUGGGUUAUAUAUCCAAACUACAUCAUGCCUUCCAUCCCACCUGAAACUCACCAGAAAAGGCUGGAGUUGAAAAGGGACCUUUAUAAACUUCUGGUGGAAUACUCAGAUGGGAUAUUAAAAGUUAAUGUCUGGCCACUUCUUAUGACAAAGACAAAACUAAGAUUGAACAAUUCAGAAUUCAGAGUGGGGUCUAUGGAUGGAAUUUUUAGACUAUUUGAGGAUAUGGUACAUGAAGAGCAAAGAGGUGGUAAAACAUACAUCUGUUUAAAUCAACAUUUUUCCUGGGAAGCCAAUAAUGAGGUACAACAGAGAGCAAUGAAGUCCAUGACACCAGGUACUUCAUCACAACAAUCUUCUUCUGGUCUAGUAUCCUCUCAAGUCUUUGUAGCCACUCCUAUACAGCCUUUAAUGAGUAUGCCAUCAAAUAGAAGUAAUGUUUCAUAUAUACCAUUUGGAAGCCCAGCUCAGCAAGCUCCACAGAUGCCAUCUAAUGCUUUUUUAGCCCAUCAAAUUGGAAAAAUAGGUCCAAGGAUGCCUGGAUUUCGGACAUCAGGUCCGAUGCCUUCUCUCCUUCCGGCUCCAAUAGUCCAGUAUCCAGGACCAGAGAUAAAUCCUUCUGUACAAAAUGUCACAAAAAAGGAAGAGGACUCUGAAUCUGACGUUGAUUCUGAUUUGUCUGAAUUUGACAUCGAUGAUAAGCUUAUCACUGGGAACAGAAUUGCCAAUAGUUUGAUAAAGAUGAGAAUAGUUGAUAUACUUACACAGACUGGGCCAUUGCACCAAAAGAAAUUAGUUGAUCAGUAUAAAAGACGGUACAAUGCACCAUUUGCUCUGCAUGCUGGUUGUAAGAUAGAAAAAAUUACAGAGAUGUUUCCAGAUGCCAUUGAAAGAUUUAAACCAAAUCCAGAUGGCAAGAAAAAACAACUUCGAGUGAAACCGAAAUAUCAGGAAAUGUAUCUGAAACGUAAGUGUCCAGUUCAGACUUGGGACCAGUUGAUUAAACAAGAAGAAGAUUUAAUGCAGGGUCAGAAACCAGUUAUUGACUUAACAGGUGAUAGCGUUAUAGAUUUAACUGCUGAUACCCCAAAUUUCCUUUCUCUGGCAGUAGACACACCUGGACCAUCCACAAUCAGUACAAUAACUCAGAGAGGGCCGCAGGGCAGACACAGAUCAUUAGAAAGACAGAGCAGAGACAGAUCAUUAGAAAAUAAUAGAAGACAAGACUUCUCCAUGGAAGGUUACAAUCAGCCUAAUCAAGGACAAACAAUUGAUGCUCCAGCACCAUAUGAGUCUUUACAUGCAAAUGCAAGACCAGUUAAUAAAAAGAGGUUUGAAGAAAAAGAAUUAAAUGUAGCACCAAUGAGAAGGAUGAAUAGAUAUGCAAGACCAACAACAGAGCAAGUUGAAAAUUGUGCCCAAGAAUGUAUAGAAAUAAUAGCAGAAUCUAAUAACUAUGUAUCGCAGGAAAGAAUUGAAAAGUUACUCCUGCAGAGAUUUCAUGUGAGAAACUUAAUGGAAAUAGGACCCCGUUAUAUUGACCAGAUUGGUUGUGUACAUGAACAUAAUAGAAUAAUGGCAAAGAUCAAUGCUUACGUCCAGGCCUUUCUCAAAGUGAGAACAAUUUGUACACUACAUGAACUUAAAGAUUGCUUGAAAGAAUAUGCACCAGGUAAAUCAGAUUUUAACAAGCUGAACUUGGGGCCGUUACAAAGACUACCAAUUAUAUAUCAGAUGUUUAAAUUUCCAACUGAUAUAGAAGAAAUUCCUGAGAUUACAACAUUAGAUGUACUGGAGCAUUUAAGGAAUUAUUUAACUAAGAAGCAGAAAUGGACUGAGAGAAUUGAUCUACAAGAUUUCAUGGAAUAUCUUGUGGACCAGUAUGAAGCUGAGGAUGCUUUCCAGCUUGGUGUUAGGAUUAGAAGUCUUGCAUUAGGAGUACAGGUACUGAAGACAGCACAGAGACAUACUGGUCAGACAAGACGAAUGGUAACUGAAGGUUUCAAAGAUCAAUUACAGAAAGACAUUGAGACAGUGUUACAGAAAUUCAGAAUGACAGUCAUGCACACUACAACUGAUGGUACAUGGGAAGUUAGAAACCAUUACAUGAGACUUUCUCCUGAAAUGGCCAUUAAAGAAAUAUUUCAGAAGUUUCACCUUAUAAUGUCAAUCGAUGAACCUUCAAUAGAUUCAACAAAACCAGACAGAAAAACAAAACAAGAGAGAAAACGUCAGCAGAAGAUCAAAAAUGCAGUAUCUAGUUUUCUUGAUACUGUGAAAGAUGAUGUGAUGGCCAGAACUUUGUUUCAUCUGGCUAUAUGUGUCAGUAAUUCUGUACUCGAGGAGUCGGCAUUGGAAAUAUUGGCACCAAAUGAAGAAGAAAGUGUGGUUGAACCAGUAGCGGAGGAGAGAGUUAAACCAUCUAAAGCUACUGUUCUAAACUUACUGAAGAAGUAUCUGGACCGUUGUCUUCAACAUGGAACUUUGAAUCUAUCUUUACUUGACAAGAUUGAAGAAAAAAUUACAGAAGAAUGUAGUUUCCCAUCAUUUGCUGAAUUAGGUUAUGGAAGAUUUCUACACUUUACCUUACAAGAGGCAAAAGGAGUACUAGAGGAGAUUGGAGGUACAUCAGUAGGUUCAGGGACAGGUAGCAGUGAUAUAGAUAGUGGUUACAAACCUUCACAUACAGAUGUACUGAGCUUUAUCCAUCAGUGUAUACAAUGUGGAAAGGACUUGGAAGAAGAUAUAAGUGCAGCUUUAUGUAACCAGUUCAAUGUAAAGGAGACCAAACAUUUAGGUUAUGGGAAGAUAACCAAUCUGAUGACAGCAUCAAAGAAACCAGGUCAACAUCAAUACCAAGAACACUCAUUGGUGUUUGAAGUUGCCAUGGGAACUGAUGUCAGGAAAAGUCAGGAAACAAAGAUAGGAAUGUUAGGCCAUCAAACCAGAGAAGCUGCCCUUGCCUGCCUACAUAAUUGCCCUUUAUUGGAAGACAUGGAGAUAUGGAGCCACUGGUCUCUUGUGUUUGAACCAGAACUGGGCAAACUUAAAGAUUUUAUUCAGAAAUAUGGAGGAACAAAUACUCUUCCAGUUGAGGGUGGUAAAAAGUUAUUUACAUACCAUAUUGCUGCCUUGGAAACAGCGCCAGGAGUUUUACUGAAGUUGACAAGCCAAACUUCCACAGAAAUGUUUGAAGAGGCUUUGAUGCAAAAGAACCCCAGAAAUGUUUGUGGACAAUUGAUGUCUCUAAUUGUUGCCAAUAAAGGCAUGAAGAAUUCACCACUAGCUCUCAUAGCAAAUCAGAUGAAAUCUCAGUUGUUUACCAUGCAUGCUGCUGAUACUAAUGACAGUCUACCUGGAGCACCACCAUCAGACAACCGUACAGAUGAAGCUGUUCAGUUUGUCCUGGCAUGUCUUGUUAAUUUACCUGUUAAAACUUGUGUGUCAUUAGCUAAUCAGAUAUUUUUAGAGCCGUUAGGACAGGUGGUUGGAUCAUCUAAAUCCAAGUUUUUGUUGUUAUCUGCAUGUCAGACAGCAGACGACACUAACAGACUACAGGAACUAGGAUGUAUGUUAGGGGUAGGAGAAUGGACGAGUCAGAUACAACAGAAAUGUCAGAUAAUGAUGACAGACGUAGAAAUUGUACCGGAGGAGGAGGCUGAAAUGAUUGUUCUGGAUGACAAUGAUGGAGAGGAAAGUGAUGUAGAAAGUGAUAUAACCUCUAUAGCCUCCCUCAGUUCCAUUCUGUCUGACGGAGAAGAUGAUGAUGUUCAGAUAGUUUCAAUGGAGAAAGCAUCGGAUGUUAAGAAAGAAACAAAGCAGGAAAUAGAAGAAAAAGAAGGAUCAGUAGUGGUUGAGUUAUCAACUGGUGACGAGGACACACAGACAGAACCGGAUAUUGAUGAUGCAGAAUUCAAAAUAGUUGAUGAAUUGAAUGAGGAGGACAAUAAGACACCAACAUCAGAAACCAAGACUACAGAAGAAGAAAAAGAUAAAACAGCUGCAGAGGAAACAGAUGAUUCAGAUAUGGAAAUCAUCUCCGAAGAAGAAGCUCAAGCGAAACAAUUAAAAGACUGUGAGAAAGUUGUAAAUAUAAUUCGUAAAGAAGAAUUUGGAAUAGGUAUAGAAUUAAAUGAGGACGGACAAAAAUUGAAAAUAGUUCAAGAUGAGAGACUUGGUAGAAGUUUGGAUCGUCUAUCAAAAGAUUUGUACAGUAAAGAUACUCAUUUUGUGCUGGAAUUGAUACAGAAUGCAGACGACAAUGAUUACCCAGAAUUCUUAGCUAGAAAUGGACAGAUGGCUUCUGUGAAGUUUGUUAUGCAGACAGAUGGAGUGAUUGCUCUCAACAAUGAGAGUGGUUUUGUAGAGAAAAAUAUCCGAGCUCUUUGUGAUGUAGGCAGGAGCACAAAAGGAAAACACAAAUUUGGAUAUAUAGGUCAAAAGGGUAUAGGGUUCAAAUCAGUGUUCCGUGUGACAGAUAGGCCAGAGGUACAUUCUAAUGGCUACCAUAUCUGCUUUGAUGUACAGAGUGGACCAAUGGGAUACAUUCUACCACACUGGAUAAAAGAUGAAUGGGAUACAGGAGAAAAUUGGACAACAAAGAUAGUCCUUCCCUUGAAAGAAGAGAUGAAGAUUCAUAUGAGAUCAUUAGCCGCCAGAUUUAAUGACAUUCAUCCAUCUUUACUGCUGUUCCUACACAGAUUGAGAGAAAUUACUAUUGAUAACAAGGUAGAGAAUUCAUCGCAGGUGAUGAAAAGAAAUGAUUUAGGUAAUGGUGUAAUAGAAAUAGAACAUAACAAUGGAAUAGACCGAUGGCUGGUCGUCAAGAAGAUGUUGGAUGCUUCAAAAAUAUCUCUCCAGGCAAAAUCUGGAGUUGAAGUGGAAUCUACAGAGAUAGCUUUGGCAUUCCCCCUGUUAGAUCAGUCUAUUUUGAGUAAGGUUAUGCCCCCUAAACAGCCUGUUUUUGCUUUCCUGCCUUUGAGAAGCUAUGGAUUCAGAUUCAUAAUUCAAGCUGACUUUGAUGUUCCUUCCAGUAGAGAGGAUGUGGAUAGAGACAGUGCAUGGAAUCAGUGGAUUAGAAAUGAAAUCCACAAACUAUUUUUGGAGGCUCUGGAAGUUUUCAAGAAUCAUAAAGAAUUUAGUGGAAUGAAGGCCCUGAUAAACUUUUUACAGUUUGUCCCAGUAGAAGAUGAGAUUCUUGAUUUCUUCAGACCAGUUUCAACACAAAUUCUGAAACAACUGAGGGCUAAACCGUGUCUGCCUACACAGCCAAAUAAUAAAGGUAUUGUGUCAUGGAAGUUACCCACACAAGUUGUCACAGUAAAGGAUGCACUCAUUCAUGAAGUUGUCACACCUGAGUUCCUUCAGAAGCAUUUUGAUCUUUUCUACCUUCACAGAGAAGUAACAGACAUGUUGAAUCCAACAUUGAUACAGUGUCUAGGGAUAGAAUCUCUAACCACAAAUCAUCUAAUACAGAUAGGAAAAGCUAUAACUAUGUCUGGCAAUACUGAAAUAGAUCCCCAUACCAGAAUAUUUCUAAUUGCCAAAUGGUUAGCCUGUGUGUAUCGUAGCUUGGACGAAUUUCAUGACAACCAGGAGAUUUACAGUGAACUAAAAAAGAUGAAGAUGGUACCUCUGGCUUCACAGGUCUAUAUAUCUUUAGAGGAGAAUACGGUCUUCUUUCCUCUGUCUAUGGAAGAGAUAAAAAGAUCACAACAACACAAAGAUCCACUGUCUUAUCUACAAGAAGACAUGAACACUAUCCAUCCAUGGUUUCUGGCAGCACCCGACAAUGAAGUCAACUCCCAGGUUCAGAAAAUGUUGGCUAAAUUGAAUGUCUGUCAGUUAACACCACAUGAUGUCAUCAACCACCAUAUACUUCCUGUGUUAAAGUCAGAUAUGUGGAAGACAAAAAGCAGGGAAACAUUGAUAAGCUACCUUGUCUACAUCAAGGACCAGACAGAAAAGAACAGCUCAUUGGUCAAUAUGGAUGAGUUAGCUAAUGUUGCCAUAGUGAUGACCAAUCAGGGUGAAAAGAAUCCUCAAAAGGACAAUGUUCAUUUUACACCUAUAUAUGGAAACAAAUAUAACUUGGUACAAACAUUCCCAGGAUAUGAGUGGCUCCUGUUAGACAGUGUUUAUAUACAAAACAUGGCCAAUAACACAGAAAAACAAAAAUGGCACAAGUUUUUCUCCAGACUUGGUGUCACUGAUUUCAUUACUGUUAGACCUGUACAUGUAGAGCUGGAUUCUGAAUCAGUGAAAGAAAGUGCCUGGUCCACUAUAGAGCAGUUGUAUCCUGAAGACUUCAGCCAGGGUUGUGUUGUAGAAGAUUACAGCUGUGAUGAAAUCAGGGAUCUGUUGAAAUCUAACAAGUGUCCUCAGAAAUAUGAACAACAGAUGAAAUCCCUUUGUGAAUACCUAGAUCAGGUCUGGGAUACACAAUUUGUUAGAUACACAAAAACAAAACUAAUCAGAAAGGAUAACAAACAUGAGAGGGAUGUUGAAUCAUCCUUCUGUAUCUGGUUGAAGACUUGUGACUGGUUACCUGCCAUUGAAGUGAAGGCAGAAGUGGGUACUAAUGAUAUCAUCAAGUAUACAGAAGAAAUUUGCCGUAUGAAACCAUCUGCUUUAUAUUAUCCAUUUCCAGAUAUUGUAAAAUUGUUAUAUUACACUGUGACAUAUGUUGAUGUGAAUUUCAAUACUGAUAAAAGUACAUUUGCCAAAUUUCUGGGUUUGAAAUUUGAGGUGUCAUUAGAUGAUCUUAUAAACAGUUUGAAAAAAUGGGGUCAAAGGUCAGAUGGAGAUACUCAUUCAAAGUUUCCAACUUCACACCAGCACAUUAUGUCAUUUUACAAUCAUCUUAGUGAAAAUCUGACAAAGAAACAGAUUCAAGACCUUCUGGACAAGGAACCAGUCAUUUUUGUUCCAGUAAUGACAAGAGGGUAUGACAAAGGAGAUUUAUUCAAACAAAAAUUUGAUGUGGAUGUUGCUGGUCAGAUGCUUUGCCGACAGGAAGUGUGGUGGGAAGACAAAACAGGAUUAUUCCAGAAAUAUCAGGAAAUUCUGACAGAAAUUCAUGCAGAUAUUGGCAACAAGAAAAUUCUUUCAAGCUAUGUGAAGUAUUCUGUGUCAUCUGGUCUGAGAGAAUUUUUCAAAACUGGAAGAAUUCAGAUGUGUCCAGAUGUUGAAGAAUAUGCAGAACUAUUGGUUCAUGUGGCCGGUGCACAAAAUCGUGUGGAAUCAGAGACAUUACAGGAUGUGAUGAAAAUAUUGUCAAUGAUAGGAGAACUUAUGUACAUUGAUGAAAAUGAUCCCGAGAAGGAAACUAAGCAACUAGUUUGUGACAGUAAAAAGAAGAAAAUAUUAAAUAUUUUUAAAGGACAGAACAUAAUACCUACAAAAAGAAAGACAUGGACAUCACUUGAAAAUAAGCCUCUGAUGGCUGAUAGCAAGGAAUAUGAAAACAUAUUUGAGAAUCAUGAGAAAGUUCAUUUUGUACUGGUGGAGGAACAGGUCCAGAGGAGGAAGUACAAUACAGAAGGUGGAUCUUACAAGAUAAAUACUGAAGCAAUGAUGAGCUUAAUUAGGAUGUGUGAGAUUGAAGACCUGAGUGCCAUUGUCGAGGAACAAAUAAUAUUUGACAUGUAUAUACCCUGUCCAAAGUUACAGGCUUAUAUGGUACAGUGUGUACCAUUGUUACAAAAGUUCCUGUAUAAUAAUUAUGGAAAUGUAUAUAACUAUGGAAGUAUCUACCAGAACUUAACUACAGCUGGUAUUGUGGAAACAUUGGCCAAACUUCGAUGUGUUGAGACAAACAAACUGGAAGUGAAAUACUGGUUUAAACAUGAUCAAGACAUCUAUGCCAUCAGACCAGAAAAUUGUACACUGAAAAAUGAAGAAUUUAUUUUCCAUAAAGAUUCUGUAGAAUCCUAUGGUGAAAUCAACAAGGUCAUAGCCAGGGUGUUCAGUAACAAUGACAGUGGAUGUUUUAGGGAAUUAAGAAAUUUCCUGACUGAUGUACACAGUUGUAUAUUAGGACAAACACGUGAAACUAUAGACAGAUGUCUGAACAGGUAUAAUGCUGGAUAUAUGCCUGAUGCAGAAGUUGUUUGGUCUGUUCCUGCUCCAUUGUUACCAGAACCUGAACCCGAGCCUGAACCAGAACCUGAACCUGAACAUGUUGGUGAAGCAGUAAUGGAAGAAGGAGACAUUAUGGAUAAAGAGGGUGAAGAGCAAGAAGAAAACAAACCUAAGGAACAAGAACCUAACCAAAUGAGGGCUUGGCCACCAAUGUCUGAUGGAAAAACUCAUCCUCCUAGAGCUAAAAUGAAUAGAGAGAACAAAGAAUCCAAAGUCUGGCCUCCUCCAAGGGCUCCAGAUUACAUAAAGUCAGUUAAAGACUUACCCUCUGGUGUCAGAGUAAUGGAGGACAGACCAGAAGGUGACCAACAAUCAUCAGAAUAUGGUACUCAGAUUUAUAGGAGACCUGGUCAAGAACAAUAUGGAGAAAGUGAGCAUCAAGAAUAUGAAGAAGGUCAGAUGCCAGUUUCGGCCCUUGAUAGAAGAGGUCAACAUCCUAUUUACCAAGAUGGUAGAUCUUCAUAUCCAUUUCAAGAUGGUGAUCGACCUAUACCUUUCCUGGAGGAAAUAACACCAAACAUGGACCAAGACAGGGGUCAAACUCUGCAUCCAAAAGGUGAAAGUGAACAUCCUUCAACCUCAUAUCAAGGCAGUGUUCCUCUUGGUGAACAUGCAGGUAGCCAUGGAAACAGGGAAGAUAAUCAAAACCGACAACAUCAAGAGGGUGCAUAUUACUCCACCCCAAGACGAGAUGGAGGUGUUCCAAUACCUGAACAAGAUGGAAGCUCUUUAGGAAAGAGGCGUCGUGAGUCUGGAGGUAGUGAUUCCUCCCAGACCCAACCGUCUGCAAAGAAGCCUGAUCUUAGACUAGGUAUGCCAGUAUGGGAGCAAGAACUAGGGGAAUAUGAAGAAGAAGAACUUGCAAAUAGUGCGGGAUUAAAAUUGCCAACUAGUUUGUUGAUGCCCAGUAGUGACAAGACCUCUGAAAUGCCAGAGAUUGGAAGGUUGGGUGAACUUACAGUGUAUCAGUAUUUACUUAAUGAAAUGGAUCAGAAUCCUACAGUAACAUUUGUUAAUUGGUGCAAUGAAGAUGAGGAGCUGGGUCAGCCUUAUGAUUUUGAAGUAGGUGUAGUGACUGAAGACACGGAAUUUACUGUUUAUAUUGAAGUUAAAAGCACGCUGUCUAGUACAAAGGAAAUUUUUGAAAUCUCAUAUCCACAGAUCAAGUUUGCACAAGAGAACAAAGACAAGUUCCAUGUGUAUAGAAUUUUCAAUGCAGAUAAUCCCGAUAAAGUGAGAUUGGUCCGUAUACAGAAUUUAGCAGAGAAAAUCAAUGCAAAGCAAGUUAGGCUAUGUUUGUUGAUAUAAAAUGUUUGAAGGACAUGUUUAGUAUUUGUUGUGUAAAAAUGCUAUUGUUUGUGAAAUAAUGUAAUAAUUCCACAUAAUUACAUAAUUAAAAUUUUCAUUAGUAUUCUCAAUAUAAUGUAGAUUGGGAGUGCAUGUGUUGGUCAUACUAUUGCUGUUAAGAAAUCUCUGUAGAAUUUUUAAUUUGAUAAUUAAUAAUCACGAUAAAUAUUUUUUCCCAUCAAAACUAGUUUGGGUAGUUUCAGGAAAAGCUAAACAUAAUAUUGAGCUCACUUUAUCCAAACAAGCGGUAUAGCUAUUGUUUGUAAUUUGGCUUCAGUCAUUUGGUGGCCCUCGUCACUAGUCAAGUAUUAUUUUAUCGCUGUGAAUGAAUGUUGUUAUGAUUAUUUUUGAAGAUGGGACCAAUGUAAUCUAUUUUUAAAUGAACUCUUUAAUUUUGUAUUGGUUGGUUCCCUUUUUUUUAGAUCAAAGGUAGAACUUGGAUAUUGAAAGAAAGUAGAGUAAUUUUUAUCAUCAUUGAUUUUACCUUCUAUAGAGCACUUUUCCCUUACAUUUUCAAUGUCACAAUGCUAAUGUCAUUACAUCACAGUACAAAUCAAAUGGUCAAUGAUCUCAUUUACGCUUGUUGACCCUAGCGUAACCCAUUCAGAAAAAUGAACUCUAUAUGGUCUAUAUUCAGAACAUCUUGUAUUAACAUGUAUAGUGAUGUAGAUUAAACAUUCAGCACUCAAAUAUUUUAUACUGCCUUGUACUUUGUUUUUAUACUAAGAGUUCAUUGAUGUUCAUUACUAGUUUAAAACAAAAAUCAUUUUUUUCUUCAUAUUUCAUUAAUUUGAAUUUAUACUGAAAUUUUUUUUAAAUAUAGCUACAUAAAGGAACAAUAAGCCAAAAAACGGUAUCUCCAAAACUGCAACAUGAAAAAUUGGUGUAAGAUGCUAACAAAAAAACAUGAAGAUUGGUAGCAAUAAAAUAGGUCUCCUACCCUGAAAGAAUUGUACUGUUUUGAAAUACCAUUAGUUGUAAAUAGUUAGAUAUAUACAAAGCAGACAUUGUAAUAAUGAAACAUGUGUCAGUUUACUAUUACAAAAUCACAAAUUGACUGUAUCAUGGAGAAUAUUAGAAUAUUAGCAGCUAGUUUGUGACAUUACAUGAAAUAAUGAAGUUGUUCUAACCCUAUGAUGUUUUUCUCAUCAAAAUCAAGGUUGUAACAUCAUUUAUUAGAAUAGUUUUUUUUUUGCACGUCUUUUUAAUGUUUCUUAAGUGCAUAUGUCACUCAAGACACUUUUCCAUUUAGUGUUUGUUGUAAACAACUGUGUAUUCUUUGUCCAACUGACAAUGUCUCACCUGCGAUGAGACAAAGGAAUCCUAUAUUAUAUAUUAUAUUAUAUAUAAAAUUCUACAUACUUUUCAUAUAUUUCCAAAUUUUAAAAUAAUAUUUAUGUUUGGCAACCUCUGUUUUAAUUGCUUUAGAAACCAAUGUGGGAGAUUGCUUUCUUUUGGACUACUAGUUUCAAAUUUCUUUCGCUUUCUGAGCUAGUACCCAUUGAAUGAAGCAGUGCUUCAAAACACCAUAAGACCUGCAAGUGAAUUUGUAGUGAUUAACAUCCACAUCAGAUUGAUAUCUAAGAGCAAGAAUAAUGGCAGACAUAGGUAUGAAAAAACAAGUCUAUAGACACUGAUGUUUUUAAGAUUCAUUUGUGUGCAAGAUAACAAUAUAGCUAGUUUUUGACCAAUCCUAAAACCAUGAAAUCAUGGACUGAACCAAAUGAAGUUGUUAAAUGACUUCAUUUAGAGGCUGGGAACACAUGGUCUUGAUUUUUUUUCAACAAAUAAGGAUACUUUUGGAAAAUAAAUCUAGUUAUAGGUAGGCUGAUGUUUUGUACUCCGUAUAAGUCCUAAACAGAGAAAUACAUCGCACAACUUUGUGCUUGGGUCAGUUUCUUUACUAUAGUCAUGUUUUUUCAUACCAAUGUGUGCAAUGAUGAUUCUGCACUUUGGGUAUCAUUGACAGGGGUGGAUGGUCCAAAUUUUAUGACACAAAGUUGUAUAAAUAAAAAAUCCACGUUUUUUUAAUCAUUGAAAUUUGUGAUGUACAGCAAUUUGUGUUCUUUGACUCCGAUAAUUACUUGUAACCUUAUAAUUCAGGCCCUUCCCAUAAUCAAUCUCUCUUCUUCACCCAAGGUAAUGUAGCCAUCUUAGAGUAGCGGAAUAUGUUGACUUAAUUAUUAUUAUUUAGUUAAGUUACUGGAAGAUAUACAAAAACAGUGUUUAAUUGCAACAGGAAGUUUUGUAUGAAACAAAAUGAUCAACACCCCUAAAGGAAAUUAACACAAUCCUGAAAUUACAAUUUUUUUUUAAAUGAAAAAAAAAAACAGGCAGGAAAACUUUUGUAGGGAGGGGUGGGGAUGAAAACCUAUAUAAAUUAAUUUUAAAUUGCCUAAGGUUGUAUGCGACAUCAGCAUUUAUGAUUAGUCUGUGGUUAAUUUUUUUUUACUUUGUUAAACCAUAUAUAAAUGGAAUUUUACAAAACUUGGGACAGAAGGUUCUGCAUGAUCAAGAAAGUAUCCAUAGCAAAAUUGGAAAAAAACUUUGUUUUUUCACAUGAUAAAUUGAAAUAGUUUUAUGUUGUUCACAUUAAGAUAAAGUAAGUGAUUACCGUUUUUUAAAAACCAAUUAUUUUGUUAAACCUUCAUGGUUUUUUAUGAAGCUUGAACAGAAGCUUCUUCAUGAUCAAGAGAUAGCAUCUUGAGAAAAAGCUAACUUUUUUUUUAUUUUUCCAUAUUUUACUGUCUGAUCAUCAUGAUAAUAGGCAGUCAACAUUACACUUUAACACUGACAGCACCAGUCGCAGGUGAGACGCUAUGUUUCAUGGAACCCUUUAUGAAUUUUGUAAUGACAUUAUUAAUUGUUGUUUAUUACCAUAAUUUUUUAUUGAUAAAUACUUGUUUUGUUAAAUAAACAGCAUGAAAUCUA